CUGGAAAGCAGAUUUAUCAGGCUAAACUGUGUGCACGGUUAAGGAGAGCCUUCGCACAGUUCGUGGUGAGUCGUCAGGCACGUUUUAUGACCAAAUUGUUUGUCUGUCUGGCAUCAAGUCGUUUAACGGGGUUAGUAAUCAAACUGGACUGUGAGAAACCAUGGAUGCCCUGAUUUACCUCGACCAAGAAAAUGGCAGACUCACAGCUCCAACUAUCAAAUCUCGACAGAGACUUCAGUCAGCUCCUGAACAGCUUCUGAAAACUCCACUCCAUGUGAAGAAGCUUGGAGCUCCUGUACAAUCAGCCCGUAAAGCUCUGGGAACAGUCAACAAGAUUGUAUCCACCCCAGCAGUCUCUCAUAAGGGUGAAGCACACAGUAAACCUCUUGGAGCACAGCAGUGUAAAGUACCCCCUCAGCCAGCUUGUGAAGACUAUCCAGAGAUUGAGAAGUGCUUUCCAUUCAACCCAAGUGACUUUGAAGUAUACAGUGUACCAGAGGAAGUCUGCCUCAGUCGCUUCUCGUUGGCUGGUUUGGGAAGACAACAGUGGUCCCCAAGUUCACUUGAGGAGGAUUUUAUCAUGGAUCCAUGUUUGCCACAGUCACCUCUUAAGAUGCCUUCAGAGUACUGCAGAGAUGACCUGGAAGCUUUCCUAGAAACUAUCAAUGAGCUGACUGUGGACUUGCCCCCUGAGUGUGACUACUAAGGCUAAAUAGUUUUUGUGUGUGUGUGGGUGUGUGUUUUGC